AUGAGGGUAUUUGCCUCACGGGCCGGCCGCUCCUCGAUCAUUGUUAUCUUCAUGGUUUUAUUUCUUAUCAGCCUUCUUAAGCUUCCCAAUGGCACCUUGCGAGAGGUCUCCUUACCUGAGUUUGCCUCUUCUUUCUCUUCUUCUCUAAGCCCCCCAGCGAGUGAUGUUGACUGGUCACGCUAUGCCUACGUACAAUAUGUUACGAACACCGACUAUCUCUGUAACUCAGUCAUGAUUUUCGAAGCCCUGUCCCGUAUGAAAAGCAAAGUGGACCGAUUGAUGAUGUUUCCAUCCAACUUCAAACUGGAUAACGAUUCUCUGGAAGGCAAACUGCUCCUAAGAGCCCGGGACCAGUACGGCGUACAGCUCGUAUCCAUCACCGUCCAGAGUAGGCAUACGGACGAAGCCACAUGGGCCAAGAGCUACACGAAGCUGCUUGCAUUCAACCAGACGCAGUAUGAUCGCGUCCUCAGUUUAGAUUCGGACGCAACUGUCCUACAGCCCAUGGAUGAGCUAUUUCUGCUGCCCCCAUGUCCCGUUGCUAUGCCGCGUGCUUAUUGGGGCAACUUCGACGAUCGCGUAUUAGGCUCUUAUAUAAUGCUGAUCCAGCCGUCCGAGUUCGACUUUAACCGGGUCAUGAAUGCGAUGGAGGCGGCGAGCGGCUCCGAGUACGAUAUGGAAAUUGUCAACCACCUCUACCGUGACAGCGCCCUGGUACUGCCCCACCGGCCAUACGGCCUGUUGACCGGAGAGUUCCGCUCAAAUCACCAUUCGGCAUACCUAGGCAACGAGGUCGAAGUGUGGGAUCCCGAACAGGUCUUGAAGGAGGCAAAGUUCCUGCAUUUUUCGGACUGGCCCCCCUGGAUCCGCACUCCAGAAUCCAUAAUGCAAGAAAAUCAACCUAUCUGCCACAAAGAUCCGCUCUCAGGCGCUGAAGACUGUCGUGCCCGCGACCUAUGGCUGGGCUUCUACCGCGAUUUUGCACGGAGGCGAGAGGAGAUAUGUGGAAUGAGCGUUUUGAACGGAACGGAACGGACUUUGGGCAAGCGCUGGCGCUUAUGA